AUGGGGCAGCUCGUGAGCAAGAAGCCAAAGCUGGAGAUCAAUGAUGUUGACCGGGCGGUGCUGACCCUCAAGUCGCAAGUCCGCAAGCUGGAGCAGCAACGCACGCGGAUCCAGGCUGCCAUCGACCGGGAGCAGCAGAUGGCGCGGGAGCUGGUGGCCGCGGGAAGAAAGGACCGCGCCCUGCUGGCGCUGAAGAAGCGCAAGCUGCAGGAGGGGCAGGCCGCCAAGCUGGACGGGCUGCUGCUGAAUGUGGAGGAGGCGCUGGGCAACAUCGAGACCACGCAGUCGCAGCAGCGCAUCUUUGGCGCGCUCAAGGAGGCCAACACCGCGGUCAAGCAGAUGCAGCAGGCGCUGCCGCUGGAGGAUGUGGAGCAGCUGAUGCAGGACAGCGCGGAUGCCAAGGCCUACGAAGACAGCCUGCGCCAGCUGCUGGGCGAGUCGCUUAAUCCCGCCGAGGAGGAGGCGGCGGCGGCAGAGCUGCAGCAGCUGGAGGCACAGCUGCUGGAUGAGCAGGGGAUGGAGAUGCCCAAGGCUCCCACCGCGGUGGCGCGUGCGGAAGCGGCAGCGGCGGCGGCCCAGGAGCAGCCCGGGGGCGCGGUGGCAGCGGCGGUCACCAGCCCGGAGGAGGUGCUGCUGGCGCAGCUGCCCAGCGUGCCCAAGACGCCGGUACAGCUGGCAGAGGGGGAGCCGGUGGAGCCGGAGAAGGAGCCGGCCAUGCUGGCGGCCUGA